ACGACUGUGACGUCAUAGGGAGACAUCCAGGAAAUCCCCAUCAGGCUUUUGGUCCACACACGUGCAGCUUUCCCAAAGUUGGGCGAGAGUCCUGCCCUACUCGACAGUCCUGUUGCAUCUCUGACAUGGAGGAAAUGCUGUCCUUCUGGGACGUGGCCAUUGAGUUCUCUGCAGAAGAGAGGGAAUGCCUGGAGCCUGCUCAGUGGAUUUUGUACAGGGAUGUGAUGUUGGAGAAUUACAGCCACCUUGAUUUCCUGGGUCUUGCUGUCUCCAAGCCACACCUGGUGACAUUUCUGGAGCAAAGACAAGGACCUUGGGAUGUGAAGAGACAAGUACCAACCCCUGUACACCCAGGAACAAUAUCAAAUGAUUGUAACCAUUACAACAAGGCCAUUGAUUAUAACUCACUCCUUAUUCAACGCCAGAGAAUCCAUACAGGGGAGAAACCCUACAAGUGUGAAAUAUGUGGAAAGGCCCUUAGUUCUCAAAAAAACCUAUCUAUACACCAGAGACUUCAUACUGGAGACAAACCCUAUAUGUGUAAAGAAUGUCAUAAGGCGUUUAGUACUCGCUCAUCACUUUUUAUACACCAGAAAAUUCAUACUGAAGAAAAAACGUACAAGUGUGAAGAAUGUGGCAAAUCAUUUUACUAUCCUUCAAUGCUGAAGCAACAUCAAAGAAUUCAUUCUGGAGAGAAGCCCUACAAGUGUGAAGGAUGUGGCAAAGCUUUCUAUGAUCGUUCAUUCCUGAAGCAACAUCAAAGAGUUCAUUGUGGAAAGAAACCCUACAAGUGUGAAGAAUGUGGGAGAACAUUUUCCUCUGCUUUAAUUCUUAACAAGCAUAAACGAAUUCAUUCUGGCGAGAAACCCUACAAGUGUGAACUGUGUGGAAAAGGAUUUGCUAAGCCUUCUGUCCUUUCUGAGCACAAAAUAUGUCAUACUGGAGAGAAACCCUACAAGUGUGAAGAGUGUGACAGAUGUUUUUCCUCUUCUUUAACCCUUAGAAGACAUCAAAGAAUUCAUUCUGAAGACAAUCCCUACAAGUGUGGCGAAUGUGGCAGAGCCUUCUACACGCUUUAUGCCCUUACUCAGCACAAGUUUGUUCAUUCUGGAGAGAAACCAUACAAGUGUGAAGAGUGUGGCCGAUGUUUUUCCUUUUAUUCAGUCCUUAGAAGACAUGAAAUAAUUCAUUCUGAAGACAGCCCCUACAAGUGUGGAGAAUGUGGCAAAGCCUUUACCAAACUUUGUAUAUUUACCCAGCACAAAUUUGUUCAUACUGGGGAGGCACCGUACAGGUGUGAAGAGUGUGGCAAAAGAUUUUCUAGUCCUUCAUAUCUUAAGGUACAUAAAACUAUUCAUUCUGAAGAGAAUGCCUUCAAGUGUGAAGAAUGUGGCAAAGCCUUUGUUAAUCAUUAUACCCUUUCUCGACACAAGACAGUUCAUACUGGAGAGAAAUCCUACAAAUGUAAUAAAAAGUUUACACUUUUGUAGCCCUUCAAACACAUCAAAUAAUUCAUUUUGAAUAGAAAUUCCACAAGCAUGUGGAAUGUGGUAAAUCCUUAGAUGAUUCAGACCUUAUGCAGCACAAAUGAAUGCAUUGAGUAGGGAAGCCAUGCACAUAUGAAGAUUUGAGUGCUUUAACAUUCAGUCAACACUAUUAACCAUCAGUAACAUUCAUUCGGCAGUAUAACAACCAAACAUGAAGGGAGUGCCUAGCUUUUCAUGUUUCUUUGUAUCUUAAAUAACACAACAAUCUUCAUCCUGAAAAUCAAAGCUAUAAUGUGAAGGAUGUGGUGAAGGUUUCAGUUAUCAUUCAGUCCUGGUUCAACCUCAGUAAUUCUCACCUGAGAGAAACCCUACUCAUGUGCAGAAUAGGACCAAGGCUUAGCUGUUCCUCAUGCCUGUAUAAGUUUUAGAGAAUUCAUUGUGAUGAAGAAUCCAACAAAAGCAAUCAAUGUCCAAGUUCUCUAACUGUUUGUCACACUCCCAGUAUCUGCAGAUCCUUCAUACUGCAGAGACACUCUACACACUCAAAGCGGUGCCUAAGCAUUUAAUAGUGAUUCAAGUCUUCAUCGGCAACAAAGUGUGACAUAGAUGAGGAACUGCAGGUGCAGAUGUCUUUGUUAGCUAGCUGCAGAUAUCCACACCACACAACCCAACAUUAUUUGAAAUCUGAAGGACUCUCAGUUAGCUAUUUGCUUCUCUCUGAUUAGUUUUAUUAUAAACUUGUGUUCGGGGUGCUUUCUUGAUUUCUAAGUGAUGUGAGAGAAGCCAGCCAGGAUAACCAGCACCAUCCUCUACAGGAAUUCCUUGGGUGCAUAAGAAUUGUGAACAUGAGUCAGAUGGAGCAAGUCAGAAGGCACUAUUCCCCCGUGGUUUCUGUAUCACUUCCUGUCCUGGCUUCCCUGGAUGAGGAACAAUAAUUCAUAAUUUGAAAUAAACUGAUUAUUCCCCCAUGUUGUUUGUAGUACAGCCGUGUGUUGUUUUUAGUCCAGUCCACAUUUCUAGUACAGUCUAACAAAUCAAUCUAGGACAGCCGUGAAUAUGGGAACCUUUUCUCCCUUCAUAACUCUGUUGUUACCACCUGACGGCAUUCUCGAGACAACGUCACAAAGUCUGUAGAUGUGCCCAGCCUCCACUCCAGACCUGAGCAUCCACACUGCAGAGAAGUAAAGAAUAUAACAGGUUAUUGUGUUUCCCCAAGUCAACACCAACAUUUUCAGACUAGAGAGAAACCUGUGAAAUCGAAGACAGUAGCUAUGUGUGGAGCGAUUGUUCUAAACACAAACAUGAGACUUUUAGGCAUGAAGGAAAACUAACACGCUCAGUUGAUAAGAGGAUUGAUUUUUCUUCAUACCUUAGUAUCAGAGAGUUUGUUUGGUUUAGGAGUCAUACAGGUAUAAAUAGUGUGACAAAGCCUUAAGAACAAUCCUUACCCAUGAGUAAAUUCAUAUUGUAGUGAAUCCUAUAUAUAAUGACUGGCAGAAUCAUUUUUCACUAUUGACACCUCACACAGCAGCAUAUCAGCUAUCAUUUAAAGCACUAUGUUCAUGGAAAUAGUAUAGCAAAUAGUAUAGCAACAUCUUUCCUCAUGGCUUAGUAAUGGAUCUAUUGAAGUGUAGUUAAUGCAUGCUAUCAAUGACCUAGGAAAGAAGGUAUGUGUCCUACAGGUUGAGCAGGAUGGUUGGAGCUUCCUAAGCACUUCAAGUCAACUGUGUUUCAUCAGAGGCCUCUCAUACUAAACUGGAGCUAUAUGACUAGGUGUUUGCCAUCCAGGAUGUUGGUCUUUGGUCUGAUUCCAUUUAUGUCAACAGUAUUUUUUUGAAAAGGCUGUCAAUUCCAGUUCCUUGUUUUGACACUUUAGACAAAAAUUACAUGUCCAUUGCAUUAGUGUUUAUCUCUUGUUCUUAUGUUACAUUGUGUUGGAUUGUAUGUUUGUAUUUAUGUGAGUCCCAUGCCAUCCUUUUCACUAUGGCUCUGUAAUGCAAUUUGAUAUUAAGGAAUAUACAUCUUUGGUUAUUUC